AAAUAUAAAGAUGUCAGUAGUUUCCCUGUAGUGGAAAUAGAAAGUAUCAUUUCAUGAUUCGUUGGAUAGAUUUAAAAAUAUAUAUUUGUAUAUUUUUUUCAAUUUUGGAAGGAACAUUUAUUAAUUCUAGAUGAUUUGUAAUCGUUUAUUGAUGCAAUACUUCUUACGGUUAUGAUCUUGUUUACUAUGCAAAGUUACAAAUAGUAGACUUUGAUAACCACUGUUACAGUACACUCGCUGUGAUAGUAUUGUUUGUCCACGUCAUUACUUUCGUGGAUGUUAAAACACGAAUGGAAAGAUUUAUUAAACAAUAUGGAAACAUUAUAUCAUCAAACAAACAAACUGGUCCAAGAAACUCAGCACCUGUUCUCACAACUUGAGAAAAAAUCGCCUAACCUGGACAUCAAUGAAAUUGAAAACACUAUAGAGUCAAAAAUAAAUCUUAUCAACAGUAACUGUGAAAGAUUGGAUGUUCUAUGCUUGAAGGGUCCUAUACAUCAAAGGCAAAAUGCUAAGAUGAGAGUAGACCAACUGAAAUAUGAUAGUCGUCAUCUAAUGGCUGCAUUGAAUACUUGGCGCAAUAAAAUGAUAAAGAAGCAAAGGGAAGAAGCUGAAAGGGAGGCAUUAUUGUCUACAACAUUCACUGCAAAUGACCAUGUUGAUAUUAUGAUUGACCAUAAUGCUCAACACAAUUCUAGUUUACAAAAUGCAAUUCAUGGAGUAGAUGAUCUUAUUCAAAGUGGAGGCAGUAUCUUAGAUAACUUAAGAUCUCAAAGGAUAUCAUUAAAAGGAGCUCAUAAACGAUUAAUAGAUAUUGGAAAUACAUUAGGUCUUUCCAAUACCACAAUGAGACUAAUAGAAAAAAGAGCCAGACAAGAUGGGUUUGUUUUAGUUGGUGGAAUGAUAUUCACAUGUCUUAUUAUAGUUUUAGUUAUAAUUUACCUCACAUAGAAAAAAAAUCUCUAAACAAUUAUGCAGGGUGAUAGAAUUAACAAUACAAUUGAAAUAUUUCUAUUGUUGGAACAAACAGCUACCUCUUCUGAAAUUGUAUAUUUGACAUGUUUUUGUUACUUUUGCAAGAAUAGUACUGAAAAUGUUUAAAUUAAUAAGAAAAGUCCUUUGUUCUUUGCACAUUAAAUUGAAUGUUACAACAUGAAACUCAA